CUCUGCCACCAACUGUUGGUGGGACUUUGGGAAGCAUCGUCGAGUACCUCAUCUGAACUAGAUCUAUGAUUUCCAAAUUCGGUCCUGUGCCCUUCUUAAUUUUCUCCCUUGGAAAUAGUAUCUUUAGGAUUGACUUGAAAGGAAUGAAUUAUGAACGAUUGGUGGCAGAUGCUGGCGUAUCAGUGAUCAUGGAUUUUCAUUACAGUGAAGUUGUAGAAGUUGUCUUUGCAAGACAACUCUUGCAAGAGUCCAUUUGAAUGGGACAGAGGCAAGAGAAAGUAUGUGAUAUAGAUAAAAAUGUUUCAGGAAUGACAAUAAAUUGGAUCAAUGAAGAACUUAUUUGGUCAAAUCAACAAGAAGGAAUCAUUUCAGUAACUGAUAUGAAAGGAAACAAUUCCCAGGUUCUCGUAAGUGCCUUAAAAUAUCCUGCAAAUAUAGUAGUUGAUCCAGUAGCAAGGUUCAUGUUUUGGUCUUCAGAGGUGGCUGGCAGCCUUCACAGAGCAGAUCUUGGUGGUGUGGAAGUGGAGCUUCUGUUGGAGACAUAAGAGAAAAUUGCAGCUGUAUCACUGGAUGUGCUUGAUAAACGGCUCUUUUGGAUUCAGUACUAUAGAGAAGGAGGUGAUCCUUGUAUUUCUUCCUGUGAUUAUGACGGCGGUUCUGUCCUUUUUAGCAAAUAUCCCCUGCAGCACAGUCUGCUUGCAGUGUCCUUCUUUGGUGAUCGUAUCUUCUAUUCAACAUGGAAAAAGAAGACAGUUUGGGUAGCUAACAAGCACACGGGGAAGGAUAUGGUUAAAAUCACCCUCAGCUCAUCAUCUGUGCCACCCAGUGGAAUUAAAGAGGUUCAUCCGCUCGUACAGCCCAGGGCAGAGGGUGAUGCUUGGGCAACUGAUCAGAAACUCUGAAAACUGAAGAAAGGUAACUGCAGCGGCAGCAUGUGUGAGCAAGAGCCUAUGUCCCAAGUGUGCAUGUGAGCAGAGGGAUACACUUUAAGCCAGGAUGGAAGGAACUGUGAGGAUGUCAAUGAGUGUGCUUUUCAGAAUCAUGGCUGCACAGAGGGCUGUGAAAAUAUCCCUGGAUCCUAUUACUGCACAUGCCAGGGGUAUGUUCUGCUUCCUGAUGGGAAACGGUGUCACCAGUUAAUUUCCUGCCCAAGCAAUGUGUCUGAAUGCAGUCAUGACUGUGUUCUGACAUCAGACGGUCCCAUAUGUUUCUGUCCUGAAGGCUCAGUGCUUGACACAGAUGGAAAAACAUGCAGUGGUAAGCUUUUGCUUUUUGUGGGCUGUUCAUCCCCUGAUAGCAGUGGAUGUAGCCAGCUCUGCACCCCUCUCAGCCCAGUAUCCUGGAAAUGUGGCUGCCUUCCUGGGUAUGACCUACAGCUGGACAAAAAGAGCUGUAGACCUUCAGGACCACCGCCGUUUUUGCUGUUUGCCAAUUCUCAAGAUAUUAGAUACAUGCAUUUUGAUGGAACAGAUUAUGGAACCCUGCUCCACCAACAAAUAGGAAUGGUUUUUGCCCUUGAUCAUGACCCUGUGGAAAAUAAGAUAUACUUUGCCCAUACAGUCCUGAAGUGGAUAGAAAGAGCUAAAAUGGAUGGUUCCCAGCGAGAAAGACUUCUUGAGGAAGAAGUAGGUUUACCAGAAGGUCUUGCUGUUGACUGGAUUGGCUGUAAACUCAACUGGACAGACAGAGGGAAAUCUCUCAUUGAAGGGAGUGAUUGAAAUGGAAAGUAUCGUGAAAUAAUCAUGAAGGAGGACGUCUCUCAGCCACGAGGAAUUGCUGUUCAUCCAAAGGCCAAGAGAUUAUUCUGGACUGAUAUGGGAAUUAAUCCAUGAAUUGAAAGUUCUUCUCUUCAAGGCAGUAUCCGACUGAUUAUAGCUAGCUUGAAUCUGGUGUGGCCCAGUGGAAUAGCAAUUGAUUACUUAACUGACAAGUUGUAUUGGUGUGAUGCCAAGCAGUCUGUGAUAGAAAUGUCCAAUCUGGAUGUUUCAAAAUGUCAAAGACUUGCCCAGAAGGAUGUGGGUCACCCAUUUGCUGUGUCUGUGUUUGAGAAUCACGUGUCGUUCUCUGAUUGGACUAUGCCAUCGAUAACAAGGAUGAACAAGAGGACUGGCAAAAAUAGUGUAUAUCGCCAAGGCAGCAUGCUGAAGCCCUCAUCUCUGGUUGUAGUUCAUCCACUGGCAAAACCAGGUAGUGGAGCAAAUCGGAGUAAUGGAGUCACACCAUUGGACGUCUUAGCCAGCAGCAGAGAGCUUGAAGAUAACAUACAGUCUCCACACCUGCUAGUGGCUGAAAUCAUGGUGUCAGAAAAUGAAGACUGUGAUGCCAUUGGAUGCAGUACACAGGCUGAGUGCAUUUCAGAGGGAGAGGUUGUCACAUGUCAGUGUUUGAAAGGAUUUGCCAGAGAUGGAAAACAAUGUUGUGAUGUAGAUGAAUGUGAGAUGGGUCUCUCCGUUUGCCCUCCCACAUCCUCCAAGUAUGUCAAUACAGAAGGUGGCUAUGUCUGCUGGUGCUCAGAAGGCUACCAGGGAGAUGGAAUCCACUGUCUGGAUAUUGAUGAGUGCUGACUGGGCGUGCACAGCUGUGGGGAAAGCACCUGCACAAAUAUGGAGGGAAACUAUACUUGCACGUGUGCUGGCAACUUGUCUGAGCCUGGACAGAUUUGCCCUGACUCUACUCCGCCAUCUCACCUUGGGAAGAAUGGACACAAUUUUUUGAAAAAUCAUUUCCCUGAAUGCUCCCCGAAUUAUGAAGGGUACUGCCUCAAUGGUGGUCUCUGUAUAUAUUUUGGCAUUGACACCCUGUUUGCCUGCCACUAUCCCGUAGGCUAUACCGGCAAGCCAUGUGAGUACACAGCCUGCGGUGGAUGGGAUCUGCACCAUGUUGGCCGUGGGCCGCAGCGGAGCAUCAGCCGGGGCUGUCUGCGUGUGGUGCUGGCUUUCCUGCUGCUCCUGGGGCUGUGCGGAGCUCACUAUCGUCUCACACUUUGGCUUUAUUGCAGGACUCAGAAGCGGCUAUUGAAAAAUCCAAAGAAUCCUUGUGAAGAACCCAGCGGAGAUGUGAUCCGUAGCAGGCCUGCAGGUGGCGAGGCUGGGAUGCCUUCUCGCCCCCAACCUUGGUUCGUGGUUGUAAAGGAAUAUCAAAACCUCGGGAAUGGGAGUCCACCCGAGGCCCUCACGGAAGGCCUGGCAGUGGGUAUUGGCCAGUUUUCCCCCCUGGAUCCUGCAUCCUUGGAACAGUCAUCGUGGAGAAUGGAGCCCCAGAUGUAUGUGGGCACAGAACAAGGAAGCUGUGUUGCAUCAUCCAACGAUAAAGGCUCUGGUGACCAGGGGAUGAAGUGUAGCUUUCAUCUUAUCUCCGAAAGGGCACGGCCCAUUGCUGAGGGGAUUGAGAAAUCCUGUCCUCUCCCAUCAGCUUACCCUUUGUGGCAACAAAGGUCUCCACACCAAAUGGAGCUGACUCAGUGAAAACUUGAAUUAAAAGUAAGAUCCUGAGGAAUAAACUAUAUUGAUGGAUGGUAAUACUUCAUUUUAAAAGUAGAGGAAAAAUACAGAUUUUCCAUCUAUAAUGUCUACAACAAAUCACCUACUCAGCGUUGAAGGCAAAUAUAUAUUGCAUUUUUGCUUCUUCCUUCAAGUAGUCUUACUGCAAACUUUCAAGUAAAGUAACCUGGAGAAUUAUUUGGUAUCUCAUUAGACACCAAAAUGGGGAAAAUAGUGCUUUAUAAAUUGUGUUCAAGUGUUCAGUAAUCAAUACAAAUUUUUUUCCUGCCCAGAAGAAAUCUGGGGUUAAGGCAAUCAAUCAUACUGGUUUGGUCAGUUAUAAUUUCUUUUAUUUGGACAGAACAUUUAGCUCAAUCUUAUGAAGUGGCUAGAAUAUUAAAAUUAUUGUUAUAAUACAUCGUAGUCAUUUAACUUAUCAUUGGCAUGGUCCAUGAUGGUAAUUUUGCAGAAUGAAGUUUGAUAAAUUAAUGAAAAAUCUACUAACUUAGAACCUUAUUUCUUCAAAAUUACAUGGUUUAUUUUUUCUAUUUUAAAAUCUUUGAAGGGAAACUUUUAAACCAUUACCCAAGAGAUUUCUCUGUUUCUGUCGUUACUAUCAUUUUCCCCACAGAAUUUUUUCUUCUAAUGAAAAUGGUAAAUUCCCCUUCUGUAUGUUUGCACAGAAUUUUUACUUAUUUUCAAAAUAUGAGACUGUAAGCAAAUUGCCUGAUUUAUUUUUAUUUUGGACAGCAAUCAAUUUUUAAAUAAAACCAGUGCAUAACAUAAACAUCUUAUUGUAUACCUGGUUAAGUAAUAAAUUAUAGUUUAAGGGGAUGUUAGAGUUAAAGCAAAGUGGUUUGACUAGCUUGCUAUUGUUACUUUAAGCAAAACAUUUUUGAAAUCUUUCUCUCUGUUAUAAAAUUUCACAAGGUAUUCCAAUUAAAGAUCAUUCUUGGAGCCAAGACAUUGUUAUUACAAAUUACAAAGUUUAAUACA